AUCCGGUUCAAAAGUUCACGACCUGCGAACUUCCUGCGGUUGCUAUGGAAACGAAUGUUUGAAAGUGCUUGUGUCAGACGGAGUUGAGCUUUUGAAUGUUCUCAAGGUUUCUGUCCGCGUUUUUUGAGCUACGUAAACGAUGCCACCCAAAAGGAAAGGUACUAGCAAAAAGUCAGCAAAAGCAAAUGUGCAAACCUUGAUUAAUGGACGCACCAAGGAAGAAACCACCAAGGAGCAGAUAGAGGAGUACAUUGCUCACCUUCAGGAACAGCUGGACAGAGAGAUGGAUGAGAGAAACUACUUUCAGCUGGAGAGGGAUCAAGUUCACACGCUUGGGCAGAUCACUGCCAAAAAACUGGAAGAGGUGUUGGCUGAAGAGAAAAACCUGGAGAAGGGAUUGGAGGAGGAUGAGGAGCACCACCAAGUAGAGAUCAAAGUGUACAAACAGAAGAUGAAGCAUCUCCUGUGUGAACAUCAAAGCACGAUCUCGGAGUUGAAGGAGGAGGCUUUGGUCUCCAAAGAGAAGCUCCAGAAAGAGUUGGAUCAGUUGGAGUUAGAGUUUCAUAAGAAAAUCAAGGCUGGCAUGGUGGAAAUCCAGGAGCUCAACAACGACCUCUUUGAAAGAAAACGACUACUGUUACAGGAUGAGAUCACUACAACCAGGAAUAACUGGGAGCAGCAAGUGACAAAAACUGCUGCAAAAUAUGAAGAACAUCUCAAGCUGUUCCAAGAAGAGAUGGAGAACACUGAAGCAAGUUUGGUCAUGAACUAUGAACUGGAACGGGACACCCACAUGGUAGCUUUCCAGGAGGAAAUGAGUGAAGUCUUCAACAGCACUCAGGAAGUUACCAUGUUAAGGGAGCAGAAUAGAGACAUCAUAAGUGAAAUCCAGAACAAAAUUUCCCAGGAGAAAGAAAUUCAAGUUCAAUAUUUACCUAACGCCCAGAAGACCAACGUUAAGAGGAAAGCAGAGUCCAGCUUGAAAUAUAAGCAAUCCAUCAAAACUCCUGAAACAAAGACUGUGGAUGACCUGAAAUUAGAAAAUGAAACACUAGAACAAAAAUUAAAAAAGCUUCAACUGGAAAAGGAACAACUGUACAAUUCAGUGAUGCCAACUAUUGAGGGAACUCGCGAAAAAGUGGGACUGAGGAGCACAUUGCUCAGGAGGAAGCUGCAGGACCUGACGGACAGUCUGGAGAAGUCACAGGCUCAGCUCUUCACUGUCCUCUCAGUUCCAAACAUGGAUCACACCGUUCUCAGUGAAAUUGCAAACAAAAGCGAGGAAGAUUUAGACAGAAGAAAAUCUGCCAUCAGGAACAUUGCAUACAAAAAGAAUGAGAUCUGGAAGGCCCGAAGUCAUUUGCUGCUGACCAGUGAAGAAAAGCAGAUGUUUAAUUCUCAUGGAUGAGAUGUUUCUGUGAGAUUUCUUGCUUGGAAAGCAGAAACAACAAACCUCAAGUCUGAAUUAAAGGAAAAUUGAAGUGUC